CAGGAAACCAGGUUAAUGGUAGCAUGGAGUACCACUUCCAAGAUGGAGACACCAAAACACCAGCAGCUUUCCUCAGUAGGCUCAUGACACAGAAUGCGUCGACUACAACGGCUUCUCCUUCAACUGCAGGAACUGUUGUUCUGACAUCAGCAGCAACUCCGUCAGUAAUACCUGGAUCAGCUGUAGUUCAGACCUUGAUGGUCUUUAACUUCUCCUCUCUUGUUCCAACUGAGAAUAUGGUCAUCAAUGCAACUCAAUCUCUACUGAGUGCUCGACUCUCAAAUCUUACUGAUGCUGUUACAGUGCUGAACUUCACCUAUGCAAAAAUUUCAGACACGACCUUUGCAGUCAACUUCACGUUUCUCAUCAGUAACAUCAGCAUUCCAGUGAACACCUCCCUCACCAAUGACACCUACAAAGAGGUGCAGAGGAUCGUCAAUAAGAAUCUCAACACUUUGCUCAAUAACCCUGAUGCAGCCUCAUUUGAACCCAAGAACUCUUUCUUCGUGAGCUCAGGAAACCAGGUUAAUGGUAGCAUGGAGUACCACUUCCAAGAUGGAGACACCAAAACACCAGCAGCUUUCCUAGAUAAGAUUACACCUAUUUUCAGACUGGGGAAUGUCCUUAUAUAUAUUCAACUACUUUUUAUGAAUUUGACGAAAGUACCUAGUGAGGCUGAUGUUCUCACAGCUGCUAAUGCUUUCCUGAACUCAAACAUCAGAACAGCACGUGAUCUUACGAGUCAACAACUUAACGACCCUGUGAGCAUCCAGAACAUCACGUAUCAAAUAAUUGACAACAAGUCAUACAUUAUUGGCUUUGGAUUCCGAAUCAGCAAUGUGAGCAUCUACAAGGACAGUCAGCUAAGGAAUGAAACAUAUGAUUUAAUCCAAAACACUGUCAACUCAUUGUUAAACACUAUCCUGAAUGCCAAAGGUACUUUUGUCUUCCCACGAGCAAACUACACGUAUGAUGGUACAGAAAUUGUGGCUAAUUCAGAAUACAUCUUUGUGGAAGGUGUCACCCAGUUUACACCAAGUAGAUUUCUUUUUGAAAUACUCAAGAUUAGUGGUCUGGCAAUCUCCACCACUCCUGCUGCUCAAACAGAUGCCCCUAUCUAUGUAGUCCUGAGGCCUACAGUCCAAGCAAACACCACCACCACUGGUGGAAGUUCUGCAUGGAUCCUGGGUAUCAUUAUUCCCUGCAGUAUAGUCAUCAUUCUCAUACCAUGCUGGAUUCUACUCUGUUGUCUGCUGUGUGGUUGCUGUGCUGGUUUAAGGAGGCGCUACAACAGAAGAGUCCGACAGUCCUACAAUGUUGAAUAUAGAACACAUAAUAGACUGCAUUUUUGAGUGUAAAAUAACUAAAUUAAAAUAUGAUGUAAACUUAGAGAUCUAUUUAAUCACAUAGUUCUUUUCUUAUUUAUUUAUUUUCUUAUUUUUUUGUUUUCUAUUAGAUGUAACGUUUAGCAUAUUAAUGUAAAGCUGCAGACCAUUUAAUAAAGUGAAUAAUUAAGAUAAUGUAUAUAACUUUCCUCAUUUAAAAUGUGCAUACAUUUUA